CGUCUUAAACUCCACGCACAGUGUACAGCCUACUAAUAAACUAGCAGUACCAUCUUUGCUUAGCUCCCAAUCUACGAACCUCCGAUGCCCCCACUCUCUUCUCUUCCCUGAGCGAAAGCUACCCAAGAAAUCGCGAAUUCUCUGAUUUUUCGUCUGCUUUCCCAUCAUAUUUAUACAGUUUUAAAGAGUGAAUCUAGAUUGUUAAAUUACAGUACAGUUGGUGAGCCUCCUGUUGCUAAGUGCCAGCAUCGUCUCUCUCUUUCUAUUUUUUAGUCUAGAGAGUGGGGGCAGGUAGACUGAUCUCGUUCCUAUGGGAAUCUCUCAGAGCGUCGUUAGCCGCAGGAAAGGUAUUACCUUUCCGCCGCCUAAAGGAUGUAGCAGACGCUGGCGAGGGCGGCAGCGGCGGGGAGGCGAGGCCAGCGGCCUGGAAAACAAGUCGUGGUUACUUGCCGAAGCUAGAGGAGAGCCGUCGGAGGAUGAGCCUCAGUCGGUUAAUUCGUCCUUCCGGUUCAGCUUCGGCUCGCAGGCGGAGGCCGAGCUGGAUGCGCCGCCGGCCGCCGCGGCGACGGUGCUGCUUCUUGUGAGCAUGGAGGAUGAAAGAGUUGCCGCGGCGGAAAGACGUGAGCAUGACCCGGAAACACUAGCCACCGGAGACUGGCAGCGAUGGCGGCGGAUGGAGUCGCUGGAGCGGAGCAUCGCGCCUGUCGCCGGUGGGUUGGUUCGGUUCAGCUACGCACAGAUCCGGUCGGCCACACGGGACUUUUACAGAGGAAGGGAAUUGGGGAGAGGGGCUUUAAGCAGGGUUUACAAGGGGAGGAUAGGCAACGGUCUUCGGCGGCCGGCGGUGGCGAUAAAGAGGGUGGAUGGACCGGAGAGGGAGAGCGCCAAGGCAUUUUGCCGCGAGCUAUUGAUUGCAAACUCUCUGUGUAGCCCCCAUGUUGUUCCACUUCUUGGCUAUUGCAUUGAUAAGGAGGGACUUUUUCUUGUGUACAAGUACAUUUGUGGGGGGAGUUUAGAUCGCCAUCUCCAUCAAAAUGAAAAGAGGCCAAAGGUUCUGGCUUGGGAGGUGAGGUACAAGGUGGCUGUAGGGGUGGCGCGGGCGGUGGAGUACCUGCAUUUCUGCACCGACAAGUGUGUAGUACACAGAGAUAUAAAGCCUUCAAAUAUUCUUCUUUCCUCUAAGAAACGUCCAAUGCUCUGUGAUUUUGGACUGGCUACAUGGACACAUGGUCCUUCCCUACCUUUCCUUUGCAAAGCAGUCAAAGGAACUUUUGGUUAUUUAGCUCCUGAGUACUUCCAAAAUGGCAAACUUUCAGAUAAAACAGAUGUUUAUGCGUUCGGAGUUGUCCUCCUAGAAUUGAUAACUGGUCGGAAAGCACUUGACCAGAGUAGGCCUCAAGGAGAUGAAAACUUGGUCGUAUGG